AUGGAUGCUUUGAGUCGCAUGUUGAGUGCAGCGGUUAGUGGAGGUUUUAUUGCUGGUUUCUCGGUGGGAGGGCUUUCCAUCUCUCACCUUUUAUUUGCUGAUGAUACACUGCUGUUUUGUGAGCCUGACAGUGUUCAUAUGCAGUAUUUGAGAGCUGUUUUGCUGUGCUUUGAAGCGGUUUCAGGUCUGAAGGUAAACCUUUCAAAGUCUGAAAUGGUCCCUGUGGGUAGUGUGAACAAUAUUCAAGACUUGGCUUCUAUAUUGGGCUGUCAGAUUUCUUCUUUGCCUUUGCAAUACCUUGGCCUUCCAUUGGGGGCAGCAUUCAAGACUAAGUCUAUUUGGGAUGGAGUGAUAGAAAAAAUUGAAAGAAGACUGGCUAGAUGGAAACGGUUAUACCUAUCCAAGGGUGGUAAAUGGACUCUUAUUAAGAGUACACUAUCUAACCUCCCCACAUUUAUAAUUGGCAGCGGCAACAAUGUUUCAUUUUGGCAUGAUGUUUGGUGCGGGGACAUGGCUCUUAAGCAGGCGUUUCCUAUGCUUUACCAAAUCGCAUGCAACAAGGAGGCUGCUGUGGCUGAUUUAUUGACACGCUCUAAUGCUGAUAUUCAUUGGAAUGUGAUUUUUUCAAGAGCGGCUCAAGAUUGGGAGCUGGACAUGUUAUCUGGUUUUUUUGACUCUCUAUAUGCUACAUCUUUUGGAAAUGUAAUGAGGGAUAGGCUGGUGUGGAAACCAAGUGCAUCUAUUGGGCGGAUUCUUACCUCGGAUAAUUUGAGAAAACGUGGGUUCAUUAUUUCAGAUUGGUGUUAUAUGUGUAAGUGUGAUGGGGAAUCUGUUGAUCAUCUCUUAUUACACUGUGAAGUAGCUCGAAGCUUAUGGCAUGAUGUUUUUAGUAGGGUAGGGGUGGCAUGGGUCAUGCCUAGAAGUGUUAGGGAUCUUAUGUGCUGUUGGAAAGGUAUACGGGAAAAUGCUCAAAUCGCUGCUGUAUGGAAAAUGAUACCUCACUGCAUUAUGUGGUGUGUGUGGUUGGAGAGAAACAAGAGGUGUUUCGAAGAUAUGGAGCUCUCUAUGGCUGAACUGAAACGUUUCUUUUACUAUACUCUGCUUUCCUGGGCUUUGGCCAUUAUUUGUAAUACAGAUGAUCUCCAUUCUUUGCUUGUAACCCUUACUAGUUCUUAG